UUCCAAAAGCUACUUAAUUUUUGUAUUCUCGCUUUUUGCCGGUUUGUGUGAAAUAAAAAGAUUCAUAUCUUUUUGAUAAUUUUAUUUAUUUAUAAUAAUCUCAAAGUAAAUAAUAAUACCACAAAUAUAAAAAAAAUGGGCGUUGAAAUUGAAAAAGUUGGCGAUACCACAACAGUUGAAUUAACUGAAGCCGAAAAUGAGUUAUACGAUCGUCAAAUUCGUCUUUGGGGGUUAGAGUCUCAGAAGCGCCUACGCACAGCUAAAGUUCUUAUUUCUGGAUUAAAUGGAAUUGGAGCUGAAGUAACAAAGAAUAUAAUUCUAUCUGGAGUCAAUUCGGUUAAGUUGCACGAUGACAAAGUCGUCACAGAGGAAGACUUUUGUUCCCAAUUUCUAGCCUCUCGUGAUUCACUUGGUGUAAACAGAGCUACAGCAUCUAUUGAACGUGCCAGACAUCUUAAUCCAAUGGUUGAAAUUUCAAUAGACACUGAACCAUUGGAGAAGAAAAAUGAAGUAUUCUUCUCUCAAUUCGAUGUUGUUGUUAUUAUUGGAUCGCCAGAAGCUGAAAUAAUUCGUAUUGACAAUAUUUGCCGCAAAAAGAAUAUAAAGUUCUUCUGUGGUGACGUUUGGGGUAUGUUUGGAUAUUGUUGUGCCGACUUGCAGAAGCAUUCCUUUUUGCAGGAUGUUGUUAAACACAAAAUUAUCUCGGAACCCAACCAAAAAGUCAAGACAGAAAUUGUCACCACAGCAGUACAACAAGAACUAGAGUUUCCUCCGUUGCAAGAAGUAUUUGAUUUCGACUAUAACCUGCCUGAAUUCCAGAGAAGCUUGAAGCGCAAAGGACCAGCUUUUCUCGUUUUGCGUAUUCUGCAGAAGUUCCGUGAGGUUUUCAAAAGAGAUCCUUCGUACCAAACUCGUGAAGAGGAUAUCAUUGAAUUGACUAAAAUAAGAGAUGAAUUAAGCAAUGAGAAUAUUGUUCCUUUGAGUUGCUUUUCAAAUGUUUUUAGUCAGAUUUCACCAACAGCCGCAGUAGUUGGUGGAGUUCUGGCCCAGGAAGUAAUUAAAGUUAUUUCAAAGAAGGAGGCACCACUUUGCAAUGUAUUUUUGUUCGAUCCAGAGACUUGCUGUGGUUUCAUUGAAAACAUAUCUGCCGAACUCUUUAAAAAACAAUAAACUUGCUGUAAGGUAUUUUUAAUAAACAAGUAUUUUUUGAUAUAAAA